AAACAAGAUAGUUAAAAGAUAAAGGACGGAAGCCAGGCGCAGGUUGUUGACAUUAAUCAGCUGUCUGCCAUGGCUGCUCAGAUCCGUGCUGUGGUCUCCGCUCAGUGGCUGGCCAACGCUGUCAAAACCAAACUCGUCGGUCCAAAACUGCGUAUUCUGGACGGGUCCUGGUACCUGCCGAAAAGCAAGCGGGUCGCCAGAGAGGAGUUCAGUCAGAAACAUAUCCCGGGAGCGUCGUUCUUCGACAUCGACGAAUGCUGCGAUAAGAGCUCCCCGUAUGACCACAUGCUGCCGACGUCCAGCGACUUCUCCCGGUACGUGGGAGAGCUCGGCAUCGGGAACGACACCCACGUCGUGGUCUACGACACCAGCGACUUCGGCUCGUUCAGCGCGCCCAGAGUGUGGUGGAUGUUCCGGGUGUUCGGGCUCGGCUCGGUGUCGGUGCUGGACGGAGGCUUGAAGAACUGGCUGGCUGAGGGUCACCCGGUGACCUCCGACUACAGCAAGCCGGAGCGGAGAGACUUCCAGGCGAGCCUGAAUCAGUCCUGGGUGAAGAGCUUCGAGGAUGUGCUGGAGAACAUCAAGACCAAGCAGGUCCAGGUGGUGGACGCCAGGUCUGCUGGCAGGUUCCGGGGCACCGACCCAGAACCCAGAGAAGAUUCUGUCUCUGGACAUUUCCCUGGAGCAAUCAACAUGCCCUUCACGUCUUUCCUGGAUUCGUCUGGAAAGCAUCACGGCACCGAGACCCUGGCCAAACUCUUCAAGGAGGCCGGAGUGGACCUGGAGAAGCCUCUCUGGGCUUCCUGCGGUUCUGGAGUCACAGCUUGUCAUGUUAUUCUGGCAGCUCACCGGCUUGGGUACUCUGGGAUCGGGCUUUAUGAUGGAUCGUGGGGGGAAUUUUUCAAAAGGGCCCCUCCAGAGUACAUCAUUUCAGAGAGGGAGGGAAAGAAGGGAUGAUUCAUAUGACCAACUUCCAUUUGUUCUUUGCAAAUAGAAUAUCCAUCAAUUCAAGCUGUGCAUUUUAUUUUUAAUGUAAUUUUGUAUAACUAUAUAGGUGAUUGAAUUUGCCCAGCAAUCAUAAGCAUUUUUUCUGAAUUUGAAGAAAGUGAGAAUAAAAUGUUUUCCUUCCUUAUUCCUAACUCACCAAAAAAAAAAAAAGACAGAAACUCAAAGGAAAACUGUCUUUGUGUAUGUAAAUAUCUGGUUUCAACAUGUUAACUCAAAAAUAUGGUCAUAUUUAACAAACUUGAACAUUACAGAAAAGAUAAUUUGUAUCAGAACACAUAUUAAUUACACAUAGACUGAUAUUUACAAGUCUUUAUUUCUGUUAUUUGUUGUGAUUUUCUGCUUAUAGUUAUACUUUCGAGAUUAAAAUAGAAAUUAAAAAAUGUAAUACAGAAACGUGGGCUGAAUGAGAAUUACAUUUACUAGCUGCUUGAAGGUUAUUGUCAAAUGGCGCUUUUAAUCUGAUAUACGAGCAUCAAUGUAACGUAAAUUCUAAUUUCCUGAAUAUGUUUCUACCUUUAUGGGUGAAAGUAACGCAGGCUUUCCUAACAGCUUUUGUGUCAAUGUUAAAAUAUUUUAUUUGCCAACCAAUGCUGCUGCAUCAAGAGUCCAUAGAAGUGCCUUUAAUGUGUCUAAUUUAACUUACCAUAAAGUAUUUUUUUCUAGCAACUGUUACAUUUCUGUUGAAGUAAUGCUUCAGUGUGAAAUGGUUCUUUGUAACCAUUGUUUAGGGUGUCAGAUAAUGCUGGAUUUUGUUGGAAUAAAUGUGAGCACAUGAGAAUAAAUGGGAAUCGUGGUGGAAAGAUAAACAGCAAAUAAGCAUGACUACUAUAUGCAAAUAAUAUAUAUAUGUUCACAGGGGCUCUGCUGCAGAACAUUGUUUUGUAUCCCAAAGCAUCAAAGCUACUAAAUCUCUCUAUGUAUUUUUUUUUAUUAUUAAUAAGAAAUACAAAAUAAAUCUG